AUGGCGGACGCUCUAUCCAUUGAGCAAAAUAACAAAAUCCGAGUGGCUCUUGGCCUCAAGCCACUCCCCGUUCCCGGCGCUGGCCCAGAAUUCAGAGACGAUGACAGCGAGUCCGGCGAGGAAGAAGAGGCAGCCAGCACUGUGGAGUCGCGACAGGCAGAAAGUUACGACAACUGGAAGAAAGUUCAAGAUGCCGCCGAGGCGAAACGAAAACGAGACGAAAAGAACGCGGCCAUCAAGCGGGCGCGUGACAUCGCCCAAAGGAAUCUGCAACUCCAGGGAUCCACACUAGGCGAGGGAAAUGACGUUGAACUCGACACCAAAGCCUGGCUAGCACAGUCGAAAAAACGCCAAAAGAAGAUCGAGAAGGAACGUGCCCAGAGACUGGCCAAGGAACUCGAAGAGCGGGAGCGUCUUGCAGCGGCCGAGUACACUGCAGCGGAUCUGGCUGGUAUCAAGGUCGGACACUCUGCGGGUGCUUUCGAGGACGGUGAAGAUCAUAUCCUGACACUGAAGGACGCUGCGGUGGACGAUGAGGAGGAAGACGAUGAGCUCCAAAACCUCGAUUUGGUCGAGAAAGAAAGAACCGAAGAGAAGCUGGAGCUCAAGAAGAAAAAGCCCGUCUACGACCCUACGGCAGAAAACCAGGGCAUCCUUUCACAAUACGACGAGGAGAUCGAAGGCAAAAAGCGGAAGAGGUUUACCCUCGACGCCCAAGGCUCGACCGAGGAACGCGAAGCAAAGCGACAGGAAGUUUCUAACCAGUUGCGGAAGAACAUUAUCAGCCUCGACUUUGAGCCGGAGGUGCCGUCCUCCGAUUACAUGGACAUCAGCGAAGUGAAAAUUAAGAAGCCUAAGAAGAAGAAGACCAAAGCUACAAAAAAAAGGGCCUUCAUGGAUGACGACGAGGUUGCUCCAGCUACGGAUUCGACCGAUGCGCAGGGAUCCUCAGCCAUGGACAUUGAUUCAAAGGAUGGAGUCCCUGUUCCAGCUACCCGCAAGCCCACCAAUGAAGAUGUUUCUUUCGUGGAUGACGAUGACCUUCAAGCCUCUCUUGCGUUACAGCGACGGGCAGCGUUCAAGAAGCGCAAGAAGAUAAGCCCCGAGGAACUUGCCAAGCAGCUUCGAGAAGAGGAAACUCAGACCCCAAUGGACAUUGAAAAUUCAGAUAAUGAGGAGCCUGGCCUUGUUAUUGACGAAACAUCAGAGUUUGUGUCAAAUCUACACAAGCCUACACUCCUUGCACAGGAAGAAAAACACAAACACGCCAUAGCUGCAGCUAAGGAACCUGAAAGUCCUAAUACAGAGCCCGAAGGAAAAGACCUCGAGAUUGAUAUGGACCGUUACGGCGAUAUCGAAGACGAAGAGGAGCUAGCCGCACGCAUCAAGCACGAUGAAGCACAGGCAGAAGCAUCUGCGGCCGAGCCACAACAGCUCACCGUCACAGGUCUAGAAGAGGAAUCAACUUUGGACCAGGGUCUGGCCGCUACUCUAUCAAUGUUGAAAUCGCGUGGCCUAGUCAAGGACAACGACGGCAGCAGCAAAAAUGCACUAAUGCGCGAUCGCCAACGCUUCUUGGCAGAAAAGACGAGCCGCGAAUCAGAAACCGAGCGACGCGCCCGGCAGCAGCGUGAGCGAGACCGUACUUCCGGCAAGCUUGAGCGCAUGUCAGCUCGUGAGCGCGAGGAGCACGCACGCUGGGAGAACAAGCAGCGUGACCAGCAGGAAGCACGUCAUAUGGCCGACGUGUUCAACCGCGAAUACAAGCCCGACGUCCAGUUGCGGUAUGUGGAUGAGUUUGGUCGCAACAUGAACCAAAAAGAAGCCUUUAAGCAACUCAGUCACCAGUUCCACGGCAAGGGCAGUGGAAAGGGGAAGACCGAGAAGCGUCUCAAGAAGGUUGAAGAAGAGAAAAAGCGCGAGGCUAUGCCCACGUUGGAUGGUAGCCAGCAAACCGGCAUGAACACUGUUAUGGGCACUGCUGCACGUAAGAAUCGCCAAGCCGGUGUUCGCCUGGGCUGA